AUGAGCAGUCCAUACCAUGUUGGUGUCGGUGGAGGUGGUCAUCACGUUCAAUAUGCCACACAAUACCAAUAUAUUCCUCAAUCAACUUCCACAUCAACUGAUAUAUACACCAACAACCUCAACAACCUAAACAAUACCAACCUGGACUCAUCAAUCAAUUAUGAUCUCCAUCAAUCCAACAACAACAAUAUUUAUAAUCAUAAUCUCCAAAGUAGUAGCGGUGACAUUGACAAGGUAUACCUCCCGGAACAAUGUGAUACAAUUUUGACCGAUGCCAAUUGGGACGAGAGGGAGACUAUGAUGCUCAUUGAGAUCGCCGGUACCUUGGGCUUUAACUGGACUGAGGUGGGAGCCCAUAUGAACAAGUGCCCUGAAAGCUGCCAACAACGAUACGACUUGGUGAUCAAAGUGUUUGAAGCCAAGCCAUUGACGCAGUCCUCUUCGGCCGUGUCAUCUGCUGAUUCCACAUCUUCCAACUCAACAACAUCAUCUUCAUCCUCGACAUCAUCAUCCUCCUCAUCAUCAACAACAAACUCAAAGGAUAACUCAAGCUCAUCACCAGAGCACUCACCAAACCUCAACAGCUCACUCCAGUCCCCCACGGACGAUGACCAACAUAGUGAUGACAAAACUUAUGAUGGCAGUAGACGAAGGAAGUCAACCACAACCAUGGACGCCAGUUCAAAGAAACGACAUAGACGCACUGCAUCCGAGAUUGAUCGCACAUAUCGCUGUUACCUACCAGCCUGCAACAAGUCCUAUGGUACUGAGGGCGCGCUCAAGAUGCACAUCAAGUUGAAGCAUCCAGGCGCCAAAAUACCAAGCUCCAACUUCUCGCCAAGUCUCAUCGCCUCCAACUACUUUGCCAACCGUCUGGUGUCGCCAUACUACUCACCGACAUUUGUUGCUCAGCCAUAUCCUGGCCAUCAUGCCAUGCCUGGUGAGCCAAUGGGUCCGGUCACAUGUGGCAGUCCAUUCAUUUCGCCAAAGAACACGCCACAGUUCUCCCCAAUGGCACUCUACUCUCGCUCGCCACGCCCCAUUCUCCCUGCAUCCGCGGCCGCCGCCGCUGCAUCAGCAGCCGCAGCCAACUCAUGCGCCAUGAUGUCUCCGCCUCUCUCAGUUUGCCACGGUGCCAUGCAUCCUGCCAAGAUGGAACAAUUCCAAUUGCAACCAUCAACCGAUCAGAGUUGCCAACAACAACAUCAAGGUCAUCAGCCCCAUGCACAGGCCCAGGUCCAUCACAGCCAACCCCAACCCCAGCCUCAAGUCCAACACCCAUCACCAUCGCCAGUUCCAACCUCUGGUGCUGUUUACAAGUUCUCAGAUGUACCCGCGUUGUCCAUCACUAUUGGAGCUUGGGAGAAGUUGUCCAGUUACUGCGGCGACUUGGUGGCACGCUUCUCAUAUACCGAGCGCAAGUUCAUUUGGGAGGUGAUCGAUCAGACAUCGAUGUUGGCCAAGAUGGAGGUGAACUUUGAUGAUGUGUCCGCUUUGGAGCUCCUUCCCCAACCAGACGGAUUGAUAGAGUUGGUUGUGAUGGUGACCGUGUCUCCAUUGUUCUUUGAGGCCCACCAUGAGGAGGUUGCAGGCGGCCCAGUCUACAGACAGUGUGGCGACUUCACCAAGGGUGAGGCGUCAAUGUGCAUGAGACAUGUGUUGCGCUUCAAUCCCAAUGCCUUGAUAGCACCACUCGAUGCACUCUGUGGAGCUGACCCAAGGUUCAACUCAAUGGUCAACCAAUAUAAGAUGCGCGACACUCUAUUAGCAUCAACUACAACGAUGUACUAUCAACAACAUCAACAUCAACAGCAGCAACAACAACAGCAACAACAAUCUCAACCUCAACAACAAUAUUUAUACCAACCAUGUGAGGUUCACCAGUCUCCAUUGGUGACAUCCACUGGACAUCCAACUCAAACACCUCCAGAGCUCCAACUCCAAUAUCAACAACACCAGCAACAACAACAACAACAGCAACAACAACAACCUAUAUUCUUCAAACAACCUAUUCCUCAUCAUACAUUGUACAUCCCAUCAUCCUCUAUCGAUCUUUUGCCCGACAUACCCGAGGUGACUACAAUCAAUGGCAACAACAACAGCGAUAUAACAAACAAUAGUGUACAGACACAACAGACACAACAACAACAGACAUCAGUGUCAUCCACUCCACUCUACUCCUCAACCGAACUCAAUCUAAACCGUUGCUUCAACGACAUUGGGCUAUACAGUCCAGUGUUUGUGUCUUCCAACAAUAACAUCUCCAACAUCUCCAACAACAACAAUGCCAUUGCAUCGCCAACCGGGACAAACAAACCAUCCAUGUAA